AUGCGUCUACACAAAAAAUGGGCAUCGCAUAUUCAUCAUCUAUGCACCGCCUGUCUUUACAUCAUCUUCAUUUUGUGCAUCUUCAUGAAUUUCUAUGUGCUUCUCAGCCGCGAGGACACCAUCUUCUAUUUGAGGAUUUACCAUGCAAUCGUCGCCGUUCUCAUGCUCUCAUGCGCGAUUGUGCAAAUCGAGUUUCUCGUCAGAACGCGAAAUUUGCCGAAGCUCGACGAGCCGCAUGAGAUACCCGAUCCGGCGCUAAUCGGUGCCAUCGCGCUAACAAUCGGCAUAAUUCUCGGCUAUUUGUACUUCAUCGUGUUCCAAUUCGGUUUUCGCAAUUGCGACAAACUCGUCGAUUCGGUCUACUCGUCGGAAAUCUACCUCGACGCCUUCUACAACAUUCUGAUGGCCGCCUUCUCCGGCCUCUCAUUGAUCUACAUUCUGCAUCGUCGCUUCUACGGGGCGAUCAGCUCGAAUCUCGACAAAAUCGGCCGCCUCUUCGUCAACGUCACGUUCGCCGUCGUCUGGCUGAAGGUCGUCGUCUUCAAAGGCUACCUCAGCCAUCAGGAGUUGUGCCAACGCAAAGAAUUGGACGGCUAUUGGUGUCCGGUGAUGCGUCGCAAUUAUGAGUGCUCGCCGUCGGACGAUUUGCACGGAACGCAGAAGAUGUGGUACUACAUCAAUAAGGGACUCCUCAACUCGGCCGUCAUCUCGUGCGCCUCCGAAUUCUUUCCGGUCAUUCUCGUCGCGCAUUGGCUCGCUUGCGGCGGCGCCGAGGAGAAGGCCGAUGAUAUCAUGAAGCGAAUGAAGAGGAAAGAAGGCGUUCGCGGGAUGCUUCGAGAAUUCAUGAAGGACGUUUCGCGCGUCUACGUGGCUCAUCCGGAGCUCGACGCCGCUCCGCUAAUUGUCAAAAAUUAUGUGAUAUGGUUUUUCUGGCUUCUCACACCAAUCGUUUGUGUCGCCUCGACAGCCAAAUGGCUAUUUUAUUUCUACUAUACAAUCGAUUUCGACCAACUUGUUGAGCACAAAUACAUGAUGAACGACUAUGUGAACCUUGGAGCGAAUUUGCUGCAAACGGUAUUCUAUUUGGCGCUUUACGCCUAUUCAUUGACCAUUAAAAAUGAGCGACUCGAUGCUCAUCACAAGGCGCACGCGAGAGGUGACAUUUCCAUUCUUUUCGGCUGCUGUGUGGUUCUUCUUAUCAAAUUGGUUCUGCAAUCCGUCGAAAUCGAAUAUCAACGUGUCGACGGCUUCAUAAUUCUCUCCGACGCCAUCAUCCAGAAUUUCAAUCUCGUCGUCAUCCACAUCACUCAAUGGUCCCAAUAUUUUGCUGUUCGUCGCCUUCUGGCUCUCUCUGACGCCGAUUGCAUUGCCACCAAAUCGUUUCUGCCAUUUGCUUUUAUUGGCGGCCUAUUAAUGGCAUGGGUGCAUUUUGGUAUCACGUUUUUCGAGACCGCCCUCAUCAAAUAUCAAUUAACCGAUGAAACAUUUCAAUAUUCCAGUACCACUUUGAUUUGCAUGAUAUUCACACAGACCCUAUUCCCCGCUGAUUAUUUGUUCGCAUUCACCGUCAGCGGCUGCUACCUCGAAUUCCUUCAACGCUACCUCAACAUGGGCUUCUUCCAGCUCGGCGAGCCGCGAUUCCAUUCGUCGGCUUCGUCGCAUCACGCCAAACACGAAACGGAAGAUCGCGAUAAAAUCGCCUCAAUGAUCUACGCUGCAAGUGUGCUCCACCGAAAACGCUUCGAGACCUCAUCAUCAUCAUCAUCAUCAUCAUCAUCAUCAACAACAAAGAGCAGAAUCAGAAUCUAA